CUUCUAGUUGAGCUUCAAAUUAGGGUUGUGGGUUGCUUUGUUUUAUGAAUUCAGUCAAUUGGCGGUGCGUGCUUUUGUUUUUUUUUUGGUCAUUUUGUACUUGCAAGGCUAUUUUGAGAGGCACAAUUUUGGAGAACUCUUUAUUCUUGUAAAAUCGUAAACAAAAAGACAAGGCAUGUUUGUGCCACAGCGAAAAAAGACAGUGAAAUUUCAUUGUGAAUUACAGAGAUAAGCAAGGGUCUUUGGAGGCAUAGCUGCAGGACAAAAAAAAAGGAGGGAUAAAUAUCUUUGAACACAGCUUAUCCAAGUGACUUCGUGGGGACCGGAAGUUGGGAACCACACAUGGAUAGCCAGGCAUGGAUAGCCUGACUAGUGGGUUGUGUCCUUUUCUUUUUCUUUUUCAUUUCAAAGCUGUGUAGAAUGGUAGGUUGGUAGCUGUUACUGAAAACUCAGAGAAGGCAGUCCGGGAAAGGGGAUGGAGCUCACCAACAUCCCCUAUAUUGCGUCAUCUUCCUCGUCCAGCUGCUUCUACUACAGCUACAGUCGCUGUGGCUGCAGAGUUAGAAGAGAUGGGAAGCUGGUAAUAAAAGCUUCUAUAGCUGGUAGUAAGCAUGCUGCUGAUUCAGUAUGUUCACAACUUUUUGAGCAGGAAACUGAAGAUCCCCUUUCAGUUGCUAGAUCUUCCUGGCAUAUAAGAAGGAGAGACUUGGCUUCUGCCAUUUUACUCCCUUUUCUGCUUCCUCGUGUUAACAUCUCCAUCGCGGCUGAGAUAUAUGAUGCAUCAAUUAUUCGAAGUGGUGUUAGGAAUAUUUUAACCAAGGCCAAGGCUGCUGGUGUGCUUCGAUUGGUUUUCCAUGAUGCAGGGACUUUCGAAAUUGGUGGCAAAUCAGGUGGCAUGAAUGGCUCUAUAAUUUAUGAAGUUGACAGACCUGAAAAUACUGGGCUAAAUAGAUCCAUAAAGAUACUAACAAAAGCAAAAGAAGGAAUUGACAACGUUCAGAAAGUGUCAUGGGCGGAUUUGAUUGCCGUGGCUGGUGCUGAGGCUGUUGCGCUCUGUGGUGGGCCUGAGAUUCCAGUAAGGCUAGGAAGAUUAGAUUCUAGCACUGCUGAUCCAACUGGUAAACUUCCUGAAGAAACAUUGGAUGCAACUUCCUUAAAAACAUUAUUCAACAAGAAGGGCUUUUCGGCGCAGGAGAUGGUUGUUUUAUCUGGAGCGCACACAAUUGGAGGUAAAGGAUUCGGGAGUCCAAUUGUUUUCGAUAACACCUAUUUCAAGGUGCUCCUUGAGAAGCCGCAAACAUCUUCGACUGGCAUGGCGGCAAUGGUUGGGCUGCGCACGGACUGGGCACUCACCGAAGAUGACGAGUGCUUAAGAUGGAUCAGGGUCUAUGCAGAGGACCAAGCUAGAUUUUUCGAUGACUUCAGGGAUGCAUACAUCAAGCUCGUAGACAGUGGAGCCUCGUGGAGAACAGCUUAAUUAGAACUAUCUAUUUGACUAUUUCUGUACAAUGUAUAAUGAAUUUCCCCUAUGCCCUAUGUAUCAGUGUCUCGUUUGGACCAUACGAGUUGCACUGAGAUUUUAUCAAAACACAAAGCAUUUUGUUUGCAGAAGGUUAAUUGGAAAAAAAGGCUCUAUUUUAGAUUCA